UGAAUGUGUUUUUGAAUGUAGUGUAGCAAAUUUAAGGAGAUAAGUGUGUAAUAUAUUUUUAUUUUGUUUGAAAUUUUAUCAAGUAAAACUGUAGUCCUCGUUGCGUCUCUUUGAUUUUGCUGCAUUGUGAAAAUUUAAUUAAAAACUUUUUGUGUAUUGUACUCCCUCCAUUUCUUAAACCCGUUCCUAUAUUUUAGACAUAAUUAACCUUGUUCACCCCAUUUUAACAUUUUAUUAACACUUAUAGUCUCAAUCGUUUUCCACUAACUUCAUUUUAACAUUUUUAAGGAGUAUAUCUUAUGGUUUUCACAUUUUAUCCACUAACUUUAUUUAAUUAUGUUUUUAAUAUUUUUGGUCCUUAUAUUUUUCCACUGGCUUUAUUUUAAAAUACUUUUAUUGCUUAUGGUAUUUACUUUUCCACCGUUAAAUUCUUUUAUUUACUAAAAUAAUAUAUUUACUAUCUAAAAAAUUAUAUUUUUUUAAUUUUCAUGAACAUUUUUUGUGAGACUUUCAUGCAUUUUUUGCUGAGACUUUUAUGUAUUUAAUUGGUUACUAGAUGAAUGAGUUCCAAUCCCAAGCUCCAGGCAAUGCAUCAGCUGCAGUACAAGCCAAUGGAGAAACUACGAGGGAAAUUGAGGACGUUAAUUCGGUUUCACGAGAUUUGUCGACUCCUACGAGAAGUGUAGCAAAAGACACACCAGGUUUGCCAAAGGCAUCUAGAAGGCAACCAUCAUGGGACAGUGUAGGUUCGGGUGAUUCGCCAAUGGGUAGUCCAAACCACAAAUCCAAGUCUUCUAGAAGGCGUCAUAAACACAAGGAAAGCAGCGGCAGUAGCAGCCCCAAAGGCGAAUCAUCUAGUAACUCUCAAAGCCUUCCUAACAUACCCAAGAAAUCUAGAAGAAAGAAAUCUAAAGAUGGGGAUGGAUCAAAUAAAACUUCUUCUAAGUCUAAAGAGAAAGGCUCUAAGCACGGGUCAAGAAACGGGUCCGAUGACGGGUCUUUGACUAAGCAAUACAAUGGGGAGGCAAGCUCGAGUUUGCCUUCGCUUAAGGAAGAGGAUGCGACAUUGUAGACAAGCCCCCAUUUUCAAGGAAGUGAUCAAAGGAAAACAUACCCGAAACAGUGUCACAUGAUUUGCUAAUCGCCUCGGGAAUUGCGAAUCGAAAAAGCGAAUUAUGGUCGAUUUUAGGCUUUUUAACCCAUUUUGAACGAAUCUUGAAUUUCAAAGGCAAAUUACGAAUUAUGUUUCACCGACAAGAAAUUCAGCUUCUUAGCGAAGAAAUUUGCUUCAUCUUGUAUGUUUUGUUGGGUUUGCUUUACUAAAAUUGUAAUUAAACGAGUAAUUUUAUAGUGAUAGGGAAAAAACAAGAAAAACACACAAUAUUUUCUAAUUUUGCAUACUUGGAAACGCUCACAUCACAUACAUAUUUUGUACUCCAUAUGGUUUUAGAUUAUUUAGGGUAUCAGUUGUAUGUCCAAAGUAUUUGCAUAUACA